UCGUAAAAAAAGUUGCCGACGUAGACGUAGCAGACGUGUAUUACUAUAUAAGACGUUAAUUUACACGGAAGCUCGUCGUUACCCUAUACUAUAUCUCCAAAACUCGGCCUGAACGAGCCUUCUGAGGCCUCGCGAGCGCGUUGAUGGGGUGGCUACAGGUUGGGGCCGGCCCACUUGGUGGCUCCCAUUCCCAAGCUAUUAAGAAGAAGCAAGCGCCAACCAUGUCGUAGCCUUAUGACGGGUGCCAGUUCGAACUAGCACCCAUCAUAAGGCUACGACCAUCUUUUCAGCCUUGCGUCACAUCCUCCAACCUUCCACCUCCACCUCCACCUCCCCGACAACAGAGACAGCCACUACUAUGGCCGACGACGACGACCAAUUCGGGGCCGACCCCGACUUCCUCGCCGCCCUCGCCGCCUCCGACAACCCUCCCCCCACCACACGCAUAACCCAACCCACCCCCCAUCGCCUCGACCCCGCGACCACCACCCCCUCCAGCACCAAGAUCGUGCAACCAACCCCCCAAGCCCUGCCCUUGCGCUCUAGCGGCUCCGCAAUCUACGUUUCGCACCGGCAGAAGGGAAAUCCCAUGCUCGCGUACCUGCGCGCGCAGCCGUGGGAAUGGCGCGACACGCCUGCGGACUAUGUGUUGGGGGCUACGACAUGCGCGCUGUUUCUGAGUCUGAAGUACCAUCGUCUGCACCCGGAGUACGUGUAUAACCGCAUCCGCGGGCUGGGGGGGAAAUACGCGCUCCGCGUGCUGUUGACGCUGGUCGAUAUCCCGAACCACGAGGAGUCCGUCAAGGAGCUCAGCAAAACGGGGUUAGUCAACAACGUAACCAUCAUUCUCUGCUGGAGCGCCGCGGAGGGGGCGCGAUAUCUAGAGCUCUACAAGGGGUUCGAGCACGCGUCUGCGGCGGGGAUAAUGGGGGUGCAGGCGAAGGGGUACGCGGAGCAGUUUGUGGAGUUUGUGACGGUGCCGAGGGGGGUGAAUCGGACGGAUGCGGUGGGGAUUGUGGGGGCGUUUGGGAGCGUGAGGGCGGCGGUGAAUGCGAGGCCGGAGGAGGUGGCGGUGUUGAGUGGGUGGGGGGAGAAGAAGACGGUUGAGGCGGUGCCGCUGAGGGAUAUGGACAAGUAUACGAGGCCCAAAUCGCCGGGGAUGUCGCGAGAAUCGGAAACGGCACAGAUCAAGGGCAAGGAAAGGGAGCCACAAUCACAGCCGAAGAAGCCUUUUCAGCUUCUAGAGCUUGACUCAGAUUCAGGGGGUGAGGAGGCGCUGAUUGCGGCGGAAAUUGGAGAGGAGGGACGGCAGAAACGCCGUAAGAUUGAGGAGGAACAGAAGAGGAAAGAGGAUGAGCUGAGUGGGGGCGUUGCGGCGGCGCUGGCGAAGCUGAGAAAGGAAUAGAUGAUGUCGCCACCGGCGGGCGAGGAGUUGUGGCGUUCUAUGUAUUGGUAUGGUGGAAUGGGGGUUUUAGGGUGUCUAUUUUGGAGUUCGAGGUUGGUAAGGGGGGGUUUUGUACUGAUAAAUCGUCAACAAUUCCAAUUUUAUUUCACAGC